AUGAAUCUUGAUUGGGUACUAGAACGCGAAAAUAAACUAGAAAACGAAAAUCUUAUCACGGAACAAAAAGCAGACAGAUUGACCCUAGAAUUGUCUCCCGAAUCGUUAAUGUCCAUUUUAGAAGCUAUAAAACGCAAAAGAGGUCCACACGAACUCCCUAUUCCAAUCAGUGAAGACAACUACUUCAGAUACUUAGCAGUAAGUGAUAUAAACAUUGGCGUUAUUAGACGUAAGUUAGUGUAUAAGUUGAAUAUCGCCAUACUAGAGUUGAAUAACUAUGAAGCUUAUAGAAUCAUACCUGCACCUCAAUUAGUGAAAGAAAACACAUUUCUUUAUACCAGUGCGCCACAUGACUAUAUUAUAACUAAUGAUGAAAAACUGCUAUACACGCCUAGUGACGAAGCAUACCUCAAGACUUGUAAGUCCUAUGGGACCAUCCGCUUUUGUAAAAGGGCAUAUUCGAAGUAUCGCAUUAGUGGAUAUGACAAUUGCUUAAGUAAAAUUAUUAGCGAACCCAAACAAUUAAAAAAGGACGAUUGUGACCCGAAGGUCAUUGGCGCUAAAGACACUAUUUGGAUUCAACUCAAAGAUAACCAACGUUGGUUAUAUGCCGCCCCCAAGCCAGAAACUUUGAGGAUAUUAUGUGAAACUCGAGUCACAGAAGCAACAAUCUCCGGAACGCAAUUAUUAUGGAUUAAACCGGGAUGUACCGGGACGUCUAACAAUGUAAUCCUGCAUUCCCAACUGGACAUAGAAUUUAGUAGUUCCAAAAGCUACAGUCCGUUGAUAAGUUAUAACUUUAGUGACGAAUACUGGAAAAUCAACAACAUUACAGAUAGUACGAUAUUUGAGAAAAUUCACUUUUUGGAAAGUCCCGAUUGA